AUGGAGGAUAGGUAUGGGGAUAUGAGAGUUCCUCUAAUCUCUUGCAUUUUUUGUAUUUGUGUAACUGGCGGAGGAAUCCUCCUUGUCAUCUACCUUUUCGUGUCGAAUCUUUCUCAACCUUGGUUUCUUCCAGCAGCAUUGAUCUUAGUUGGUUCUCCAUGGCUCUUUUGGUUCCUCACUUACAUGUACACUUGCAUCAAACUAUGUUGUUGCAGUAGCAAACUUGAUAAUCGCCAGAUUUCACAGCGCAGCUCCAACGCGGCCACCAUGGCGAACGCCAGGAAUGUUUCCACGAGAAAUUCGACCAGUUCACAGAACAAUAAUUAUGAUGAAAAACAUGUCAAAUUUGCUGAGGUUGUGGAAGUUGGGGAAAGUGGACAUAGCCGUGGUAGCAAGCAAGAUGAAUGA